GAAAAAGAACAGAACGAUGCGUGCACCAACGCAGUCCAAGGCAGCAGCGCCUGCUGAAAAGGCGCUGGCUAAGCGACUGAGCACGGUCAUCGGCCUUGCGAAGAAAAACGACGUGGCAGACGAAGUGUUCCUAGUCCUCCGGGAGAUCCCAGGUGUGGGCGCGAACCUGCCAACCGGGACUGCCAGUUUAGCACGUCGCCUCGCCAGGGAAACCGCUGCGUGGCAGGAGCGUGCUGGGUGCCAGCGCAUGCCGGGCGAAUCGACUGGCGCCACCGAGGAGGAACGCAGGCUGGCGUACAGGCUUCGGAACAUCAUGCCUGCGUACCACGCUGGCGAUCUCCCCGACGAGGACCGCCAAACUUUGGAACGCCUCCCGGGCUUUGCGGCCAGCCUGGAAAGUGCCGCCGCCCGUCUCGCCAGGGACACUGCUGCUUGGCAGGCGCGCGUCGGGUGCCAGCGCAUGCCGGGCGAAUCGACUGGCGCCACCGAGGAGGAACGCAGGCUGGCGUACAGGUUUCGGAACAUCAUGCCUGCGUACCACGCUGGCGAUCUCCCCGACGACGACCGCCAAGCUUUCGAGCGCCUCCCGGGCUUUGCGGCCAGCCAAGACAGUGCCGCUGCCCGUCUCGCCAGGGACACCGCUGCCUGGCAGCGCCGUGCCGGGUGCCAGCGCAUGCCGGGCGAAUCGGCCGGGGCCACCGAGGAGGAGUGCCGGCUGGCCCGCUACUGGCGGAACAUCAUGCCUGCUUAUGUCGCGGGUGACCUCUCUCCGGAGGACGAGGCGGUCUUCGCUGAGCUCCCAGGGUUCAACGCGUUCGCGGCAUGGCGCCAGGCUUCGCCGGGGGAGCGCCUCCGACAGCGGGAGGAGAGGCAGCGCGACAAGCGCGCCGCCAAGUCAAGAGCCGAACAGGCGGCCUCGCAGCAGCGGCGCGCACUCUUGUCCGCCAUCCCCGGCCGCAAUCAACGGCGUCUUCCUGAGAGCGAGCGCAUGCUGCACGGUGCCUCCUCGACCGCUGCUGCGCGCAGGGACGCUGUUUUCCAGCGGGCGGCGGAGGUGGACGACUACCUCCAGUCGCUGCGGUUCUCUGCUUGCGACUACUGCGAGAGAGGAUGGUGGGGCACGACGCGGCGUCCGCCUGCUGGCUCUUCCACUACCGACAUCCAGGAUAAGUACAUGAACUUCAUCCUCGCGGACGAGGAGGAGUGGCUGGACCCGCGGAGGCCAAUGUCCGUGCAGUGCUCCCAGGACGUGCAGGCAGCAGCGCGCAGGGCGGCCGACAUCGGCGACUCUCCCCCGACCACGCCUCGGCUGCUCACGUCGUUCAACGACAUGACGUUUGGGCGCACUCACGAGGCGCUCGACGCCCUGACCUACUUCGAAGAGCAGCUGCUGUCUCCGAUCCAGCCCGUGGUGCGCAUCUUCACUCUGUAUGGCACUGGGCUCACUGAGGCACGUGGUCACGUCGCGAACUGGGUCCAGAAUGGGCCUGAGCUUGUUCGCGCCAUUCCCUUGAAGGCGGGUGACGCCAAGAUUCUGCUCGUCCGCCGUUUCCCGAAGGAUCCCCAGCGGAAGCAGCGGGCCCCCUUUGUUGUCAGCCGCCAGCGACUGGAGGCAGCGUUGCAACAGCUCCUGAAGCCGGAGGAUCAGGGUGGGCAUCGCGCCUUCCAACGCAAUCGCCUCGUGCGCAAUGGCCUCGCGCCUGUGAACUGGGACAACUUGAGCGCGUACGACGACACGGGCAGGGAACCAGAAGGCAUGGAGGUCAAAGUGGUCGAGCAGCACGGGCCGCUCUACCUCGACAAAGCCCUGCUUGGGAAAUGGACGGCCCUCAACUUGGAGCUCCAACUCAACGGCCAGGUGCGCCACUUCUUGGAUGGCAUCCCCCCGCCGGACCCGCGAUCCGACGCCGAUGCCGAGCAUUCCUGGGAGGAGCGGGCAUGGCCGUGGCUGUGCAAAUUCGCGCGUGACGCCAUGCUCCAACGACAGCCGCCUGCUCGCGAUGGCCAGGACAUGACUCCCGACAGGAGCCCCGAUGGCGCCCGCCCUCCACCCCCUGCUGUCGACCAGGAGCCGCCGCCCAGUGCCGACGCCAAGGUGUUGAGCGACACGGCCCUGGCAUGCUGGCUGCGAACGUGGGCACGGUGGUCCGGGUGGGAGGACAACGCCGACGUCCUGCACGUGCUCCGAGACGAGCUCACUGCGGUCCAGGAGGUGGACGCCCUCCGGCACAAUGCCGCCGAGCAUUCCGGAACGUGGGACCCGGAGAACCCUGGCGCCAAGCGCUCCGAGGAGGAGCUCCUCGAUGAGUUUUGGGAGGAGCUGGUCGAGGAACACGGGGGCCUCGCUGAGCAGACUCCGCCCUUGCAGGCGGCUGCGGGGACGGCCGCUGCCGCGCCUCCGCGACCGACCGCGCCUGUACGCCUUGCUCCUGACCGGCAGCAGGCUCCGCCGCAGCCGGCGGCAGGGCGCACGGAGCCGCGGCCUCCGGAGAGACAAGCGGACGAGACCUUCGACACCGCCAACAUGGACACGCCUUGGUACAUCAGCGCGGCCUUCGUGAAGAUCUUCCAGACGGGGGAAGGGCGAGAUGGCCGGGCAUUGCGCCACCCCCGCUUCUUCUACUUCGCCGUGAACACGCUGCUGCGCAAUAAGGCGUACCAAGAGUACGCGCCGCAGCAGCUUCUUCACAUGGGCAAAGCUGGCAUGACCCGCGUCCUGUGCGCCUACGAGACGAAUCUUCCUGGAUCUGCGGCCGAGAAGCUGUCGCAGCGGCCUGACCUCGAGUCCAUGCUUAACCAGCUCGAGGAAGAGAGCGCGCAGCAGGCUGCGGAGCAAAUGCCUUCUCGCAGUGCCAGCUUGACCACUCUGACCAACACCGUGGACCGGUGGCACCGGGACUACCUGAGCGCUUCUGGGAACCAGUCGGACGAGGCGGUCGAGCAGGCCCUGCGGCAGGCUCGGCGUGAACUCGCACAGUGGCCCGCUGCCCCGCAGGCCCCGGCGCCGCCGGGCAUGCCCCUAGCCGGGGAGGCCGGCGCUGCCGCCACGGUCCAGCGCAGCGCGGCGGACCUCCUCGCUGAGCGAGCUCCGCUACUGCAUUCUUUUCAGGAGGCCAUCGAACAGCACGCCCGGUACCGCAGAGAUGCGGAACAAGGUGGGUGCAUUCCCGCGCACUUUAUCACGCUCACUACUGCCAUAUACCACUGGUCGGACUUGGCGCAUGUGCUCGACGAGUUUGAGACUCAGACGACCUCCUAUCGACAUGGCCGCUGUGACCCCCUGGAACCCGGCGAGGGGGCGUUGACAGACGGGAAGCGGCGAGUCCUGCAGCACCCUGGCGUGGUGGCGUGGUUCUGCGCGCUGAAGCUGCACUUGUACGCGUCGUACGUGCUCGCUUACGACGACUUGUUCGGUGUCUUUGAGUGGGGCUCUGGCGGCAUCCUGCACAUGCACAUGCUUGGGUGGCGAUUCCCUGGCUUCGGCCGCUACGACUACCUGCAGGGGGACGUCCCGCAGACGCAGCGCCGCGAGGAUGCGAGGGCCAUGGCUUGGCAGCACGGCGCCGAGCUAUCCGAGUGGAACCCUUCCCGGCUCGACCAUUGGGAUACUGCAGGUGGAUUCGACGAAGACCUCACUCCCGAAAACCCAGCGACAGAGUAUGGUCCCGUCCCCGUCACGGAUGCUUCUGACUCUGACCACGAUGGCUGUGGCGCGGGAGCGGCCGCGGAGGAACCGCCCACCGCAGCGGAGACGGCCGGCAUGGCCCGCCUCCGUGCUCUGCUGCAGGACCCGACGUGGCACCCCAGUUCUCUGCCGAUGGAUCUAAAACGGAUGCUGCUCACGUCGCGCUCGGUGCUCGUGCGACGCAUGCGCCGGUGGUACUACGCAGCCCUCCUCACCAAGACCCACAUGCACGACCGCCACUCUGGCGAGCCGGUGACGCUGCAGCCUGUUUUCGGCGAUGACCCUGCCACGGAUUCUUCGGAUAGUGGGCGCGACGGGCCUGACCUGAAGGGGGGGGGCGACGUCUGUACUGAAGUGCGGGUGCUGUCCUGGAACACAAAUUUGGCAACCGAGUGUUCUUUUGUCGUGUCGGCUGCCGACGAGUCGGACGUCCUGCGCCUGCAAGAGGCCACCUCCGCGUCCGCAGCGUGGUUGCAAGCUCAGCUGCAAGACACGUUCGACGUCAUCACCCCGACGACAUGUGGGGGCGCCUGGGAUGCUGAGGGCCACGGCGUCGUCAUCGCAGUGCGCACAUCGAUGUUCGAGGUCUGCGCGACCCGGUUGCGCAAUUUACCAUCUGACCAACAGCGGGUGCUCUUGACGGUUCGUCUCCGUGCACGCGACACGCACUUGGUGAUGCUGGUGGCGACUGCCCACUUGGAGUCUGGGGCUGACCUGUCGGACGCUCGCCGCGCGCAGCUGGGUGAAGUCGUGGACCUGCUUCGCGACCCUGGCGCGGACGCUGCCGUGUUCGCCGCUGACUGCAACCUGCGCAGAGACGAGAACAUUGCAGCGUUGCAAGUCCGAGGGCUCGGCGAAGAC